ACUCGCAGCACCUGCACAGUCCAUCCACACAAGCUCUUCAGGUAGCUCUUCAUGAAAACACUCCUGCACACCUGGAUGGACCGAGGUGUAGAGUCUUGAGGUGCCAACCUCCGAUUCGUCCCAAGCCGCACACGUAGUGGCCACGACGGGGGGACUUCAGACACUGAGUCAUCCCCUUUUCGGAACUGUGGUAUUCCACUUCAUGCUAACCUGUGCAGGGAACUCCUUGUCCUGCCGCCUAGUUUGGAAAGGUGGAACAUGGCAAAUCAAUCUUUGGCAGGAUUGUUCUGCGCAUUUAGCCAGCAUGAAAAACAGCUGCUUGGGUUGAUAGUUGCACACUUGCACAGCUUGCUGCUCAGAUGUGGUUAACGGGGAGAUGAUUUCUGCAUGCUGCUCUGAAUGGCUCAGAAUUCAAUGCUUUGAAGUCCCCCAGUGCCAGUUCGCUCGGAGACGCAGUGAUGUCCGCUUCAGAUUUGGAUAGAGCCUUGCAUGCCACUGUCCUGAAAAGGGAAGCUGUGAAAGAGGCUGAGUAUCGUGCCGCUCGCCAAAAGCACGAGGAGGAGGUCCGCCUUGGAUUUGGUGCCACAGAUAUGACGAAAGAGGAACUGAAGAAGCUGAUCGAUAGCGACAGACGCAUGUACUACCGUUCUGAAGAACUAAAUGACAAACUCUUCAUCCAGUACAAGGGCUGGAAGGAACUGAAGAAUCUUGAGGGCUGGACUGGCCUGCGGGCUCUUUAUGGCGAGUGCAAUGCCUUCGAUAGAAUCAGUGGCCUUUCUUCUUGUCGGAAUCUCCGUAGUCUUUUUCUCCAGGAAAACUGCAUCAAGAAGAUUGAGGGCUUGGAGGGCUGUCCACUUCUGUGGAACUUGAACCUCAACAAUAAUUUCAUCGAAAGGAUAGAGGGGUUGUCGCACUUGCGGUCUUUGAACACCCUCACCAUCCAGAGGAACAAGAUCGGUUUUUCAGGUGUUGAUGAUCUGGUCCAUUUGGUCGAGACAACGAUCUCAACCUUGGACGUCCAGGACAACAAGAUUUGGGAUCCCGAUGUUCUUCCAGAGGUUUUUGUGCGGAUGGGAGAUUUGCGGGUGCUUUACCUGAAGGGAAACCCGUAUUUGGAUGACCGACCUGUUUUCCCAGAGGACAGAAGAGCAGCUGAAGCGUUCAAUCGAGGAGGACUAGAAGAAGAGCGUGCUGAGAGGCGCCGCAUAAAGGAGGAGGAGAACGCCCAACAUGAGCGCAACAUGAAAGCUUUUCAGGACAUGGUAGACAAUGUGAGACGCGAAAAGCGCGAAAGGGACUCCAUGAGAGAUGAGGAUAAAUACACCAAUGCUAGCGAUCCGGUCAUCUCUCAAGAAAGACGAAUGCAACAGCAGGUUGAAAAAUGGAAGCAGGAACAUGCAGAGGAAAUCAAGGAUGAUGCCAAGGUUCACGCUGAACGGUGCUUGCGGUCUGAAUCUGGAGAUGAAAGGACAGCAAAGAAAGCAGAGCCAGAGCAAAGAUACGAAGGUGAGAAGUUUUGCUCCGAAAAGGAAGAGGAUGGCGCAAGCAAUGACAAGCGAAGACUCGUUUACGAGGACAUUUGGGAUGCCUGACAGAGGUGGUCCAGAGCGCAGCAAGGGAAAUGCAGGGGCAGGCCUACAAACAGCUGAGGCCUGCAAUGGCUGCGCAAUGGCUGAAACUGGCCAGUGCUCUUGCGCGUGACUCUUUCAAAAGGGUGCGCGACUAAUUAUCAAGUCUUGUUGGAUUGAAUUGAUUGCUGGAGAUGGCCGUUUUGGUGUGAAGACUAUGCUGGGGCUCCGCGGUUUCAGCAUCUGAUCGUACAAUUGAGGGCCACAAGCAUAUGUUUUUUGACCUGAAACUCGGGGUUUCAAAGCAUGGCAAGUAGCUUGACAUCUCACUUCAGAC